AUGCCUGGUAAGAAAUCUUACAACUGUUGUAAUUGUCCACGCGUGGUACGACAGAAAGACAGAUACAGCAUUGCAAGAAAAUACAGAGUCGUUAUCUCCAAACUAUCUGGGAGAACACCAGGUGACGAUGACUUCUUAUGCAACAGAUGUAGGUGCAUGUGUGCACGUCACAUAAAACGCAAAGGUCAUAGCAUGGCGAGCACGACAGAUUGUCAAGGUGAAUCCGCACCAUCAACAUCAUCUACAACUUUAACACCUCAGUUCAGUCCACCAUCAGUAACUCUUCCUUUUCCUUGCACAUCAAGAGGACAUGCUGCAUGUUGCAUCUGCAAAAGGCCAGGACCAAAGCUAGUUGUGGUUCCAGUGGGAUUUCGUCAUCGAAUCUUUAUCACCAAAGAAGUCAUAAUUCCUGCUGGAGCUCGUUGCUGCCCAAAACACCUGCAGAGAGACAUUGAAAGCUUGAACCCAACAGCGAGAACAACAAAGUUCAAUAAAACUUCAAUAACUGAGCUGAUCAAGUUCUUAAGAACUGAGAUUAUACGAAGUGAGAAAGCAAGGCUAGAUUUUGACAGUGAAAAUCUUACAGACACUGAAUAUGUAGAUCUCCUGGGGAUAUCAAAAGCUUCUUUCAAUGACAUGAUGCUGUUUAUCGAGGGGAAAAUCAAAAUAACUCCUGCUAGAACUACCAGAACCAGCCUUGCAAUCUUUUUGCUAAAAUUGAGAGGAGGGGAGUCAAACAAGAUUUUGUCCACAUUGUUUAAUAUUUCCAAAUCCAGUAUACAAAGAAGUGUGCGAGCUGUCCGCAAUAUAUUGAUGACUGGAGGUUUUGUCACAGAAAACCUUGGAUUUGGUCACAUAACGCGAGAGGAGAUAAUCAAUAAGCAUACGCGACCCCUUGCCCAGACACUUUUUGGUGAUGACACAACUCAGCAAGCCAUACUUAUAUUGGAUGGGACGUACAUCUACAUCAACAAAAGUGGUAAUUUUAGAUUUCAACGUCAAUCCUACAGUCUCCACAAAGGCAGGCCACUUGUGAAACCUAUGGUCAUUGUGUCAUCGACAGGCUACUUUGUUUCUGUAUUAGGCCCUUAUAUUGCAAAAAACAAUGAUGCCUCCAUACUCAACCACAUUUUGAAAAGAAAUAUCGAUGACAUACAGGGAUGGGUUUGCGAGGAUGAUGUAUUUGUGGUGGACCGUGGUUUCAGAGACUCCUUGGAUUACUUGGAGGAACUAGGUAUCAAGGCACAGAUGCCAUCCUUUAUGGCUCAUGGAGACAGGCAGAUGUCAACUGAAAGUGCAAAUAUUAGUCGAUUAGUGACAAAGAUAAGAUGGGUGGUUGAGUCAGCGAAUGGUAGGAUAAAGCAAUGGCGUUACCUUGGGAAAAUCCUGCCAACGAGCCAGGUUCCGUACAUUGGAGAUUUUGUUAGGAUUGUUUGUGCCAUCAGUAACAGGUACUUGAAAAGUAUUUCUAAUGGUAAUGCUGAAGAUGACCAGAUCCUUGGUACAAAAAUGAUUUACUUAUCAAAGCAAAUCAACACCCUUCGGCAGCAUGUUGAAGAAAACAAAUUGGAAAGACGAUCAGCUUGUUGGGAGGAAAUGGAUGAUAUCACUGACUUUCCAAACCUGGAUGAAGAGCAACUGAGGUCUCUGACAUGUGGCACGUACCAGCUGAAAUUAUCCCCAAGCUAUGCCCAGGAACAUAUUGAAGGAGAUUGUGCCAUUCAUGUCCACAAGGAGGAGCCAGGUCUAGUACGAAUCAGAAUGCAGAGUCGUCAUGUGUCAUCCAGGUCCUACCUUCUGUGGAUAAAGUAUGCAGAGGGUGCAAUAAUUGCAUGGUAUUGUAAGUGUAAGGCUGGUGCUCGUGUUGUUGGCAUGUGUGCACACAUUGCAGCCAUUCUAUGGUAUGUGGGGUAUGCACGGCACCAACCAGCGGGGCGAAUAGGUGUGCGUGAUUGGGGGGAGUUUCUGGAAGAUGCCACUUUGGUUGAUGAGUCUGAGAGUUCCAGUGAAGGCAGUGAAAUAGAAGAGUAAAACAGUUGUACCAGAGAAGAAGAUAUUGAUUGCUGAGAGAGAGAGA